CUCUUUCUUUUCCUUCCAUAGGUAAUGUUACACGUUGCCCCAGGGCGAAUUCCCCUGUUGGUAGCUGAGUGAUCCCCGCUGGUUCUCCAUUCAGCGUGCCUGUUGUGUGUUCAAUGGAACGGCAUGGGGACCGUCGAGGGUGUGGAAUGGAGUUAUCUUUAGCCCAGUGUACCUGCCAUGGUGAUCAGGUGAACAGGAAAGGGAAGACAAGGUGGAGAUGGAACUGCCAAAUCAUGCCAAACAAUUGCUGCUACAGCUUAACCAGCAACGAGCCAAAGGUUUCCUUUGUGAUGUGAUCAUUGUUGUCGAAAAUGCCCUCUUCCGUGCCCACAAGAACAUCCUGGCAGCCAGCAGCAUGUACUUCAAGUCCCUCAUCUUGCAUGACAACCUGAUCAACUUAGAUACUGACAUGGUCAACCCUACCGUGUUCCGGCAAAUCUUGGACUUCAUUUAUACUGGUAAGCUCUUAAUGACUGACCAGCCUGGUGAACAGAACUUCAAUGCGCUCCUCACCGCCGCAAGCUACCUCCAGCUUCCUGACUUGGCGGCCCUUUGCAGGAAGAAGCUCAAACGCAAUGGGAGGUCAUUCGCCGGGCGGGCAGGCGGGGCCUCCAGCGUUGGGAGGCCACCUCGGAGUCAGAGGCUUGCCACGGCUUCCGUCAUUACUCGUUAUUCAGGGUCAGCUGAAGGGAUGAAGGGCUCUCAGUCCAAGGAGAUGCCAAAGGGGAAAGUCUCAGAUGAUGAGGUCUUUAUCAGCAGUUCCAGCCAAGAGAAUUCUCACCCCUUGAGCAGGGGCCUCGGCAAAAACAGUGGCGAUGGCAGCAACAGCACCAACGGGAGCUGUGGGGACCAGGAACUUGGGCUUGACCUGUCCAAAAAGAGCCCCUCCCUGCCAGCUGUAGCGCCCCAGGACGACGCCCCCCACGGUGAAAGUCAGCGGGGCUCCCCCCGACCCGCCUCGGCCCCCACCGCCAACAGUGCCUCAUUGUUUGAAGAGUCCACCGCUGGAGCCCCUCCCAGCCUCAUAGACAACUGUGAGCCCAUGGAAAUGGACUUGAGUGAAGACCGCCAGGCUCUCCCUGAAGGCAGCCAGCGGAAGAGCUUGCGCCACUCCUCGCGCAAGAAGGAGUGGGCCAAGAAGGAUUGCGCCUUUGACCGGAAGGAGGGCGUGGGCAAAGGCGGCGAGGAGGGCGAGGGGCUGCCCAACGGCAUCCUGAUGGGCCCCUUGUGCAAGUCGGCGGAGCACGGCCUGGGCUUGGGCCCCUACGGGCCGGAGCUGCCGUUGCACGCCUGCAAGGAGGACGUGGAGAACGGCAAGGAGAACAGCGACGACAGCGGGCAGAGCGAGAGCGAGAACGGCGGGCACAGCAGCGCCAACUAUAUCUACCGGCAGGAGGGCUACGAACCGGUGGCCUUUGGGGACAACUUAUACGUCUGCAUCCCGUGCGGGAAGGGUUUUCCCAGCUCCGAACAGCUCAACGCCCACGUGGAGAAACACACCGAAGAGGAGCUGUACAUUAAGGAGGAAGGGGCCUUUGAUGAUAAAGAGGAGGAGGCCGAGGACCUCUCCAACCCCAGCCAGCCCUACGCCUCAGAAUCCCGGCCGUUCAAGUGCUCGGUGUGCGAGAAGAGCUACAAAGACCCAGCGACCCUCCGGCAGCACGAGAAGACUCACUGGCUGACGCGGCCGUUCCCUUGCAACAUCUGCGGCAAGAUGUUCACUCAGCGGGGCACCAUGACUCGGCACAUGCGCAGCCACUUGGGCCUCAAGCCCUUUGCCUGCGAGGAGUGUGGGAUGCGCUUCACCCGGCAGUACCGACUGACCGAGCACAUGCGCGUCCACUCAGGGGAAAAGCCCUACGAAUGUCAACUGUGUGGCGGGAAGUUUACCCAGCAACGCAACCUCAUCAGCCACUUGCGAAUGCAUACCUCUCCUACAUAAAGCCAAAGUCUCUCCAGUGAGCUCUGAGCCCCCACCCACCACAAAUAUCCCUUAGACUUGCUGCUUUAAAAACAGACUCUACGGAAAGGGACAUUCUGUUCCCUCUUCAGUCAUGGAAGGU